GGUGGACGGACGUAUCGGAUCUCCUGCCUCAGUCUGCCCGUACGAAGAGGAGAGGAGAGGAGGGGGUCACCGAGUCUGCCCCUCAAGUGUGGACACAAAAUGCACAGCUAGCGUUACUUAUGACUAUUGUACCGUUUAUGCUGACCAAUGCAUAUCGGCGGCUGGACGGACAACGCGGCGGCAGGAAGCAGCGACGGAUUUAAGGUCAACUUGAAAAUUAACGGUAUCCGUCCGGCUCCAGUGUUGGGUGUGCCAUGUAUGAUAGCUGGAGAUGAGAAUGAAACCCAGUCGCAACCUCCUGCUGGUUCUGUGCUCCAUGCUGGCCCUGGGGUUCCUCUACUACUCCUCAGGGAGGAUCACCUUACGAGGGUGGGGCCACAAAUCCUUGUAUGACAAACAAGGAUUCCUUCUGAAGCUGGACGGUAUUCUGCCUUUGGAGCUGAUGUUUAAAUAUGGCAAUCUCAGUGAGGGGGCCUGUAAGCCUGGCUUUGCAGCUGCCAAGAUGACUGCCAUUUAUCCAAAGUUCAUCAAACUGGCGCCAAUGUUCCUUGAUCCAAAUUACAAACGUUUCUCCAGGAUUGGGGAUUAUUCACCUCCAUUUGGAAUUAAAUCACAAGAGAAGAUCAUAGAUAUUCUGCUGUCAGCUACAAAGAACUAUGGCCUGGGGGAAGAGCUGGACAGUUUAAGCUGUAAAACGUGCAUCAUCGUGGGCAAUGGAGGAAUCCUUGCCAACAGAUCUCUUGGACAGAGGAUUGAUGAGUUUGAUGUGGUGAUCAGGUUAAAUGAGGCCCCAGUAAAAGGCUUCGAGAAAGACGUCGGGUCCAAGACCACCAUGAGGGUGACGUAUCCAGAGGGGGCCAUUCAGAAGACAGAACGCUACGAAAGUGAAUCUCUGUUUGUCCUGUCUGCUUUCAAAGCUCUGGACUUCAAAUGGCUCCGACACAUGGUCUUCAACCAGAAGCUGCGUAGCACCGAUGGUUUCUGGAAGUCGGUGGCAAAGCAUGUUCCCAGGGAGCCCAGCGACAUCCGCAUCCUAAACCCCUAUUUCAUCCAGGAGGCCUCCUUCAAGCUGAUUGGCUUACCUCGCAACAAUGGACAGAUGGGCAGAGGGAAUAUUCCAACCCUGGGGACAGUGGCCAUAACGAUGGCCCUUCAUAACUGUGAUGAAGUGGCAGUGGCUGGCUUUGGUUACAAUAUGAGUACCCCCCAUGCCCCUUUGCACUACUAUGAGAAGAUCAGAAUGUCAGCCAUCAGAGAGUCCUGGACUCACAACAUAUCUAAAGAGAAGGAGUUCCUGAUGAAGUUGGUGAAGGCUGGUGUGAUCCAGGACUGGACCAAUGGGAUCUGCGGAGCCGGAUGUUGACAGGCCUCAUAGGCUCCCAGCCUACGGCGCUGAGCUGCCCUCCAGAUGCUCAGCACCUGACGGAGGGCAGGAGGGAAGAGCCAGGUCCUGUGGACCUUUUUCCCACAGAGCAGUGGGUGUCCACGCUGCACAGUGGCUGUCUGAAUGAGCAGGACACACUGCCCCAGAAUGCAUUGCAACAUGCAUCGUUUCACAGUAUUUAGCUUGUCCUAGUUGCAGGUUAGUGCAUAUCUCCAUGGGGAUUUAGUGCCCUGGCUCAUGGGUACGCCAGCCAUGUCGGACAUGAAACCAGCACCUGGAGCAGGCACAGUCUGUUCAGAGCUGCUACAGGCAGAGGAGGAAGAGGAGGAGGAUGGUGAAAAAAUGAGCCUGUGCCAACAGUACCUCCUGAAGUGUCCUUCAGCUCAUCUGAAUGUAAUCUGCAUCAAACAAGUCAUAUACUGGAUCUGUAUAUCUCCACAUGAUUUUUUUCUUAUUCCUCUUUCAAACACAAGCGGCUCCGUUCAUUCACUGAUUGUUUAGUUUGGAAUGUUGACUUACUCCACGCACCUGUCACUCACAGCUGUUUCUGUUUUUGUAUCUCAUACAUGAAACCGAGCUGCUUCUCUUUGCCACACUGCAGUGUUUCACUUAGAACCGGGCCCUUUUAGCACAAUAACAGACACGAUAUGAUGUAAGACAUGGAGUAACAGGAUGAUAAAGGUGGAAAUGACUGGUUUUACCCCAGGUUGUGUGUAUAAGAAGAGAACAAAAAAAGAAUAUGGAGCAUAUAUGUGGACGUCAUUCUAAUAGAAAGCGUUGCAAUUGUUUUUUUCUGCAGACUCAAUGUUCACAAUAUGUUCACAGGGUUCCUACACAGAUGAAGUAUUUGUGGUUCCAGACCAUUAUCCCUGUUCCAUUUUUCUAAAGUAGACACUUCAUGUGUGGAUGUGGCAGCCAAAACAUUCAGGGCUGCAUGAGGACAGACCUGAGUGACCUCAAUGUCAUCAAAAGCAUCAUGAGACAAAUGGUGAGAUGUGAACUGAGCAUAAAUGUCUAUAUAAAGUGGCCUCUAUGCCUAGAAAGUCAUUCAGGCUUUGGUCUAUUGGUCUGACUUACAGUAUCAUAGCUGCAAUUUUGUGGUAAUUACAUGACAAAUAUCAGAUUCAUAGUCAGAAUAUAAUACACUGUGCAUGUUAACAUGUGGAUAUCAAAGCCAUUUAUUUACAUAAUAUGUAAAUAUGUGUAUUUCUUUACUCAGAUGUUGAAUAUGGUCCAAAAAACCUGGAAAUAAAGAGUAGAAAAUGUGUAGGAACCCAAAUAUUAAAUUGUAUUUGAAGGACAGGGCCCAGGUCUAAGUUUAAUCCUGUUGAAUCAUUAGCAAUUAAAAAUGUAUUUUAGGUCCUGGGUGAUUAAUUUUGUGCUUAAGUUAAAGCUCCACACCGAUAGCGUCGUGUUAUACAGAAUGAUUCUAAAACUCGUAUCUAUUUAAUAUUUUGUACUAUUUAACAAGAACAGCUCUUGAAUUAUUUGUGGGUCAGAUAAGACCAAAACAUUCCCCUGGAUCUCGUCGGUCAGCCCUGCCAGAGGCUGCUCUCUCAGGCCCUCACACAUCAGUGUUAUUGUCAAACACAAUCACAGUGACUGAGCUUUAUGAUUCUAUCACAAGUUAUCUACCAAUAUCAACGUAUCGUGAAGUCUGUAUAUGCGUUUGUGUUGCUUUAUACGCACUGGCCUCGGUCAGACGCUCAAGCCAAAGUACUCAUCAUAUAUUUAUUGUAGGCUGUGCACAAGAACAUUAUCCUGAAAAAGAUGAAUAAAGAUGAUAAGAAUGAA